GCGGCAGAGAGAGAGGGGAGAAGAAAACGAAGCCAAGAAGAGGAGCCAAGAAGAAGCGAAAGGAAAGGAUCCGGGGUCUAAAGGAGGAGCUGAGCGCGGAGCGGCAGCAGCGGGCCGGGACUCGGACGGGCCGGCAGCCAACAGACGCCGAGCAGCGGACAGGCGGGUGGGAGGCGGCUGGGGGCAGGUGCGGGACCCGCCUACAGCCGCGGGGCGGCGGCCUGCCCGCGGGCGAGGGGCUCCACUCAGCACCCCGGCAGCUCGGCAGCCCCCGAGACCUAUGGUGCUGCGGCGGGAACUGGCUCCAGCUCGCCGCCUUCGAAAGGGGGCAGCGGAGCCCGCCGGCUCCGGCGCUUGGCUGGCAUGAGGAACCCGCUGAUCCUUCUCCUCUCCAUCUGCUGGAGCCUGGGGCGGGUGGAUGGUGUUCAUCCAGAAUGCAGGUUUCAGCUGGAAAUUCACAAGGAGGAAACAAGGUGCAUGGAGCUUCUAAAGGACACAAAGCCAGUGGACUACAAAGGAUGUGUUGGAGUUUGGGAUAACAUCACCUGUUGGCGUCCUGCAAAGAUUGGAGAGACUGUCACUGUCCCUUGUCCAAGAGUAUUUAGCCUGUUUUCUGGCAAACCAGGAAAUAUUAGCAAAAACUGUACAAGUAGUGGAUGGUCUGAUACGUUUCCUGAUAUCUUAAGUACUUGUGGAUAUAAUGACUAUGAAGAUGAUUAUAAGGUCAACUUCUAUGUGAGGGUGAAGGCAAUUUAUACCCUUGGACACAGUGUAUCUCUGAUUGCUCUUACAAUGGGAAGUAUAAUUCUUUGCCUCUUCAGAAAACUUCAUUGUACUCGGAACUACAUCCAUCUGAACCUGUUCCUCUCUUUCAUUCUAAGAGCAAUCUCUGUUUUAGUCAAGGAUGAUAUUCUCUAUUCCAGCUCCAACACAGCUCACUGUUCAGAGGAUCAAACCUCAUGGAUGGGCUGCAAAGCUAUUUUGGUGUUUUUUCAGUAUGGUGUUAUGGCAAACUUCUACUGGCUGUUAGUUGAAGGACUUUACCUCCACAUUCUCCUCGUGCUAAUAUUCUCCCCCAACAGACAUUUCACAAUCUACCUGCUCAUUGGGUGGGGAAUUCCUACCAUAUUCAUUAUUACAUGGACAGUGACACGGAUCAUUUUAGAGGACACCGGUUGCUGGGAUACAAAUGAGCACGGUGGUCCCUGGUGGGUUAUACGAAUACCCAUUUUAAUUUCUAUUAUAGUGAAUUUUAUACUUUUCAUUAGUAUUAUCAGAAUCUUACUGCAGAAGCUAAGGUCUCCGGAUGUUGGAGGAAAUGACCAGUCACAGUACAAGAGACUUGCAAAAUCCACACUGUUGCUUAUUCCGUUAUUUGGAGUUCACUACACAGUGUUUGCUCUCUUUCCUGACCGCAGUUCCAAUAACUAUAAAAUAAUCUUUGAGUUGUGUUUGGGAUCUUUUCAGGGGUUGAUUGUUGCAGUCCUCUAUUGUUUUCUGAACAGUGAGGUGCAAGGGGAACUGAAGAGAAAGUGGCGGAGUUUGUGCUGGAAGCAGACGGCAGGCAGAGACUACAGACUCCACAGCUCCUCCAUUUCUCGCAAUGGCUCAGAAAGCGUUUCUCAGCUCCACCGCAACUCGAGGGCUCAGUCGUUCAUGCAGACAGAGACCACCGUGAUAUAAAGCAGCUAGGUCCCUCCCAAGAGGCCAGGCCGGGGGGGAUGUAGCGUUCGUGACACAGGUGGACGCGGUACGUUACGAAAUGUGCAGCUUAGUGCUUUGCUUUGCUACCUGUUGGUAUCUGGGAAAUGGGUUCGUGCAGCCAGACAACGAAUAGUGGCAACACCUACCCCAUGGAUGCGUUCUGGUUCCAUUCUGAAGUUCUCUUGCUGUUUGCUGUUUACUGCAAUAGUCCCUUUACCUCCAGCGUACCUACAAGAUAGAAAGGUGGUGUCCUGUUUGAUGCAGAUUCUUCGGUACGUGUUGAAAAGGGUAAGCUGGGAAGAAAGAAAAAUUCUUAUGCUGUUUAUACUGAGGGAAAUGUUUAUUUCCUUAAUGAUUAAGAAAUUGUUUUCUAAUAAUGGAAAAUAAGGUAAAAAUGAUGGAAUGUAAGACUAUCAUUAAGCACACUGAGAAUUUAGUGAGCUAAUCCAGGAAAUCAUUACCAUUAUUUAUUCAGAGGGGAAAAAAGUAGAACUUGGCUUAAUUGCAUAACUUUCACGGAUUACUUUCUACAGAGUUUGAUUCCAAUUCUGUUCCUUUCAAAAGUGCCUGGUUUUAUGUGUAUGUACAGAAAGCCAGGCUACCUAUACAGUCCAUCCAGAAAAGAGUACUGUAAAUAGUUUUAGUUAAAACAUCAGCAUUUCCAGUAGUGCAAUUGCAAUCACUUGUUGUUCUCUCCUCUUUAAAAUCAAAGAGAUUUGUGUUGAUCUCCUACUAAACAAUUUUCUGAAGAGGUCUUUUAUUGCUAAGGCAGUCUGGGAUAGGAUAAACAGCCUUGGUUAAAUUACAGUUUGUAUGUAACAUUUUAAUUUAAGCAUGUCUCUAGAACUACAGCUGAAACAAGGAAUAUUGCAAUAUAGUUACACCUCCUGUUCAAGGAAUAAUGUUAGUUUUUCAAGCUUAAUUCUAUUCUAUAGCUGUCUGAGCUGAAUUAAAAAGUAGUCAUUACCAUGACUCUGGCCAAAAAAUUUAGAAUCUCUGAAAAUGACCAUAAAAGGCAUAAAUAGAAGGAAUUAUCAACAAUGCCAAGCCUCUUAUGUAGCCAUAAAAAAAAAAAAAAAAGGCAUAGAACUGUCAGGUUCUUAUAAACAUAGAAGGAACAUUUGCACUCUUUAAAAGAAAUAAACCCAGUAAUGUUUACUUCUCCUGUCCUGUUUAACUGUGUUCUCUCUAAAUAGCCAGUGAGAGUAAUACAUAUUUUCAUGCGUAUCUCUGAACCAUAAAAGCAAUUGCCCUGAUAUUUCAAAUAACAGAUUGUAUGGAGAUAGCAGAAUAGAAGGUCCAUGCUUCUGCCAGGGAAAGGGAAGAACAGCAGCGUGGGCAUGAGCUGGCAGGCAUACAUCCACACUCUUGGAAAUAUUAGCAGUGGUUGGACUAUUGUUUGCAGACAUCACAGCGUCCAUGCACCUCUCGGUCUGGUUUUGUUUAGCAGUUUAUUAGCCAGACACACGUUAUUUCAGUGGGAUUACCCUGCAGUGAUACAAAGUUAUGUCAGACCAAAGAUGGGAAAGGCCCCAUGCUUCACAUCAGUACUGCAGAACAGAUAGCUGUGAAAUGCAGAAGCAUGGAUUUGGUUUGGUUGGAAAAGGCCUCCAAUACUGGGUCCAACUGUCAGCCUAACACCACCAUGGCCAUUAAACCAUGUCCCGCAGUGCCACAUCUAGACAUUUUUUUAAUACCUCCAGGGAUGGUGACUCCACCACCAACCUGGGCAGCCUAUUCCAGUGGUUAUUCCAUGAUAGUAUUCCAGAAUGGCAUGUGACACCAAUCUUUACAGGAUAAAACAAUAAUUACUUGAUGAAUUGUUACUUUGCCACAUAUGACUAUAAAGACAUUAUUGAUCACGUCAUGUCAUUGAGAAUGUUCCCUACUAUUUCUUGGUGAUGUAACUGAGAUUCUGGAGUGAAAUAGGCUGCCCAGUGGAAGUACCUUGGGGUCUGAAGAUACACUACUACACACACACUUAAACUAAAUGCAUUCCCAAGGGCUUUCAACUUGGAAACCACUGCUAAAUUUCAGUCUCUCUCUUUUUUUUUUUAAUCUCUGAACAACCUUAUCAAUAAACUCUUCACUGCAAGCUUUGGGGGCUGCCCCUACACCUAAAUCAAAUGUGGCUGUGCACGUUGGGCUCCUUUGGCUGAAGUGGCAUUGGGACUGCUCAGCUCCCUGAGGUGUCAUGUAUGGGAUGCACCUGUUUCCCCAGAUUUCUGAGGUAGAAGGGUACUCUUCCCAAACAUUCAAGUGUACUCUUCUUUAUGUUCAAAGGAGGCUCUUUGUGAGAGCUGGCACACAGACAGAAUGUGCAGUCUGUUCUGUCUGAUGCACCACCAGGUUUAUGUGUUUGUAAUUCUUUGUACCCUAGGGAAACCCAUCUUUGCUCUAAUUAGAUGAACGUGGAGAAGAUCUGCAUUGUAAUGAUUUGUGAAUUAUAAACUAGAGAAGCUUAAGUAACAAAAUGCAUUUUAAGUUGCAACAAGACAGCAUAGUUUCCUUUAACAGGGUGCAGAUUAAUUUGGACUUGAUUCCACUUUUUAUGUGGGGAGUCAUGCCGUAUGAGACAUAUGAGUUUCACUAGUUGGGGAACAUUGGUGGUGUUACUAAGCUUGUAAAGGGCUAUGUAGAUAUGCAAAGAAUAUCACCCAAGGGAAUUGUUUUUUCUUUUUUGAAAGUGAGAAGUGCAGUCCUUUGUAGAGCAUCACCUCUCUACUGAAAAUCAAAGAGUCUGAAUAUAAAAAAUCUACUUUUCUGCGAGACAGUUUAACUUCAUAGUGCUUUUUGCAAGCAUUUGCAUCAGUAAAGGCCCAUAGGGCACACUGUGAUGACUUUUUACUCACAGAAUAUUCUGGCUUCCAAAUAUUUUUAUGCAGAGUUGCAGCGUGAAACCCAUCAUCACCUGUUCACCUAUUCACGCACAGAUACACAUCACAGUAAAAUGCAAAAGCAUCCAGUUUGACAAAUCUAGUAGUUGAUCAAUGAUUUAAAUGUUUAUGACACCCAUAAACAAGAUAGCUUUUAAUGGCUUUCUCUUCUACUGCAUUUUGCAGAGGAGAGUGGAGUUAAAUGCUCCUGUUCUAUGCUGCAGUGACUCUCAAGAGUUGAAAGGACAGUGCAAGAAAAUAGUUUGGCCUUCUGGCAUCCCUAAACCUCGUACUUGCCCAUUCCUAACAACAUCACCUAACAACAUCAGAGGAGGAAAUAGAGAGAGGGAGCAAGACAAGCAUAUGCUUACCAGCACGAUCUUGUCAUGUAGUGCUCCUCCCUUUCUGUCUUUAUUCCUUUACUACCUUUCUCCUUUGGGUUGCAUAAGCAUUCGGAUUGAGUUGUAGAGUCUUCACAAAAACAAAUCUGAUUCUUUUUUUCCCCACUGCGAACCCAAUAGCACAUCUUGUGAACUGUCUGGACAAAAAAAUAGUAAUGCAAUUCACUCUUGUGCUGUGGUAAAGUUGUGUUUAGGAGAUGCCAGGGAGGCACUAUUCGUUCUGAGUGAUGUUUACCAGCUUUACCUGCUGCCGAUGCCUGAGUGACACAGUGAAAGGUCACUGUCCAGUUGCUAACAGUGAUAAAAAUUUAGCUAUAUAACAAGUAUUGACUUAAAUUUCCCUCUGCAGAGUCGAUUUCAGCUAGGUGCUUGAUUAAACUCAGGUGAAAUUAAUCUGUCCUGGUUUCAGUGUCUAAAAGCUGGAUGUCUGUCUCUGAUUUAAAGACAUUUUAAGUGCCUUCCAUGGUUAUCACAAAAGAUAUAGGCAGUAGCUGGAGGUGCUUCAUCCCGUGUUCAGCUGGGCAUUUAAGGUAAGUAAGCUGAAUCACCUUUUUGUCUAUACUUCACAGAAAAUGUGUGCAGGGUUGCUGGAUAUACUUAGAUUUCUUACCUACAGCUAAAUUAGGUGAGAUGGAUCUCUUCAGUUGUCUGGCUAAUAUUAUCCAGACACUGCUUUUUAAGCCAAGUAAUUUGGAUUGGCCAGCGUUAUCCUCCAAGAAACAUGCAGGAUGAUUCUAAAGCUCAGGCAAUGAAAGAUCACUCAGUUCAUUUGGUAGAGUGUCCCUGUGGUUGACUACCUUCUGUGCAAAAACCAAUGGCCUUAUGUCCUGUUUUGAUUUGCACAGCUUCAGGUUUCAUCAGUUGUUUCACAGUUUGGGUUAGGCAUUUGGGGUUUUGUGUUUGGCAGAGGAAUCUCAUGCUAAACCAAAGUGCUUUAGACUACCGGGAAUUUUCUUUAUGUGAAGUCUCUUGAAGGUCAUGUUUUAAAUCAUACCUUGAUUUCCUCUCUGAGAAACUGAACAUCCAGUGAGGGCUUUUCUCAAAUACUCUACCUGAUCCUCUUCUGUGCCCCAUUUAAUUCAUAAUAUGUUUGGACAAGAAAAGCAAAGAAACUAUUUCAGUAUCUCCUCCUUCAGGCCUGCAUACACCAUUGACUGUUUCACACUUCCACUUGCAGCUCACCUGGUCAUACCUUUGAAUUGGCUAGUGACAUGCAGUAAGAUUAUUGCUGGCCUGUGUUUUGACAUCUAAACUACCCUUUUGAAUAUUUUAGCCCUGGUGUCUAGAUUAGGUGCACUAGUGUGCUUUUGCAGAGUAAUCUUAGAAACGUGGAGAGCACCUUUUUAGCCUUUGGAAGCAGUGUUGGUGUCCAUGCAGUGUUAAGAAUUUGACACAAGAGCCGAACAGACUGCAACUGAAUGCCAUGGUGAUGGGUGCUGCAGGUAGCCCACUGAGGAAGUACUCAGUUUAAGCAUGUACUGGAACUGUGCUGUAGCAGGAAUAACUAAUUGGUGGCAAAAAAGCAUGACAAAAUUUUUUCUGCACACAAGUUGGAGGCAGCAUGCCUCUAUAGCAUCUACUUCGUGUCCUAAUGCACCCCAGGCAGGCUUCCCUCUGCCUUAACGUGAUGAAGGAGAAAGAAUCUGGCACAGACCCUCAGCAAACCAGAGAAUCUGUCCGGGGCAGCUUUAUGGAAUAAGGCACUGCCAAGUGCAUGUGUCUCACUUCUGGCGUUAGGGACUAAAAUGUGCAUUAUUUGUCUCCUGUUUUUAUGAGUUCUGUGAGACGUCUCCUGCUGACUGUGAGUUUGUCCAUUUCAGCAAAGUGCUUGUGAAUAAAGUCCAGAUUGUACGGAACUUUUUCAGGCAUCUCUAAUGAAAAAUCAAGCAUUAAAUAUUUCUGAUAGCAAGGAAGAACCAGCAAGUAAGCUGCAGAGACAGCUGCUGCAUAUGUAAGGGUUAUUGUUGGAGCAGUUGCUCCCUGUGCAGUGAUACCGGAAACACUCUUACUGUCAGAAGCACCUUUGCGUUACCAUGAGUGCCUACAUGAGCUGUGUGGGUUGUCAGUACUAUCCUGACAUAACCAAAUGGCAGGAAUUAGAAUGCAGAGCUAGUCUGCUGAUGGGGAACAAAACCAGAUGUAUUUUAUGGUGUUGCAAGUGUACAUCAGGACAAGGUCUGAAAGCUCACCAUUAACUGUGCUACAGUUUAACUGCUGUGGUGAACCGCUGUGGUUCUGCCCAGCCCUAACACUGUGCAGUACAAUCCAAGCGACAGUUCCAGUGUCAGCUUAACCAGAGACUGAAAUAUCUGAACACUCUUUAUUUCCAAAAGAACUGUAUUAAGUUCAUGAUAACCUGCAGCUUUUUUGUUGUUGUUGUGGUGGUGUUUUUUUUUUCCUGGAACAUUAGUGUGAGUAUUGCAUUGAAAUUAUCUUUUGUCAUCUUCAUGAAUAACUUUGUCACAGAAAUUAAAGAUAUGUAAAUGAAUGUGAUUAUUUUUUACAAAAUGUACAGACUACAAUGCUGUAUAGACUGAUGUGUGUGUAAAUAGAUCUCCUUUUCAUUCACUA